GAUAAUUAUUCCCGGAAAAGUAGAAUAUAGGGAAUUUCUCGAAACUUGGUUUCAGAGAAUAAACAUUCACCUUCCAUAUAAAAGUCCCCAUUUCUAGGAAUGCGAUUACUCGGAACGAUCUCUUACCUUUUUAUUUGGGUUCUGGACUCCAUAGUUGAAGAAGUCGUGAAGAAAACUGAUAACUCGAUCAAGAAAGAAUAUGUCUUCGCGUGUUAGUGACAAGGAGAAGGAAGCGGCUAUGGAGCUCUUUAGCGUUAUUUGCCGUAAUGGCGGAGUAACGAAUCUAGAAAGUGCUGUAUCCAGCUUAAGCAAAAAGAAUAUAACCGUAGUUAAAUCGAUUGGAGCUAAGAACUUUGUAAAUAGUUCUUUUCCAAAUAUUUUCAAGAUUCAAGAUGGAGUUAAUGUCGAAGCUGUCAUGCCUUUGAAGUUUUGCCUCAAUGCGUCUGGGAAAACUGGCUGUGCUGAUGGAGAAUCUUGCCUUGAGCUCCAUCUAUGCCCUUAUUUCAUCAGAGGAAAGUGUUCAUAUAAGGAAAAAUGUCGUUGCUCCCAUGAUAUCAAAGAUGGCCACACCAUGGCAAUGUUGUCUGCUUUUGGUCUGGAAAAUAUCGAUGAUGCCACAUGGUCUCAGCUUCUUAAAAGAGUUUUAGCCGACACACAGAUAGAGCGAGGGGCAUCUACCCAUGAUAUUCCACAAAUCUGCAUGUUCUACAACAACCAAGGCGGUUGUCGUGAGAAGGAGAAGUGUGCCUUUCUUCAUGUCUGUCAACACUUUGUUGAUGGGACAUGUAAAUUUGGUGAUAGCUGCAAGAGAGACCAUGACCUUUUGAAGGACCAGCACAAUCAUGAUGUGAUUGCGAAAUUCAGUCUGGGUAGUCUCAAUCGCGAUCAACUCCUUUCUAUUCUACGAGGGAGAGAAAGGCAGAGAACUACCGGUACUGGGUUAGAUUCUUCCCUCCCAGCUGGAGCAAUCAGUGGGAACAAUGUUAUGGCCCCAGUUGCUCCAAGAAAUCCUGCAGCCAGCGAAAACUACAAGUCCCAAAAAAGCACUGAAAUUUGUGGCUUCUUUCUGCGAGGACAGUGUAACUAUGGUGACAAGUGCAUGAACCUACAUAGAGAUCUUCCUUAUCAAUGGCAGUUACAGGAUGGCUCUGGUUGGAAGGAUUUGUCAGAGGACUGGAACAUCAUGUUGGAACGGGGAUACAGUGAUCCAAGCACUAAUGAGAUCAUAAUUUAUGAUCAAGGAAAGUCAUUCAAGACAGACUUUGACAAGAUGAUUGCAGUUGCAGAACGAGGACAUGCUGGUCCACCACUUGGACUGAGGCGGUUGUCCACAGAGUCUUCUGCAGACGCACCCCCUGGACAUAUUUUCAGUACACGAUGGUUGUGGUACUGGCAAGAUGAGAAAAACRAAUGGCAAAGUUAUGAUUCUCCAGAUGAUGGAUGUGAACCAAAUACAACAUGUAGCAAGUCUCUAGAAAAAGAUUUUCUGCAAGRGAAGGAUAGCCACCCAUUCAGUGCUGGUCAUCAUACCUACACACUUUACUACAAGAGAAUGCUCCAAAAGAAUGACAAGUUCCAAACAGAAAGGGCCAUUCGAAGGAGGCCUGAGUUCGUUGCCAAGGAGACAAUGAAAGAGAUUGAGCAAAGGAGAAAAGAAGCACUGAAAGCUUCCAAGGCACGUGAAUCAAGUGUCUCGGAAGUCACUAGUCUUUUUCCACCUCUCUGGGAUGAGAUGCCAGACAAUGAUGACUUUAAAAGAUUUCCUUUGUCUGUCACGUCACAAGAAUAUAAAGAUGUUGAGAAGAAGUUCCAGGAGACAUUGGUUUCAAAGAAAACGAUUAAGAAGAUUGAGAGGAUUCAAAAUCCAGACCUGUGGACUGCGUUUACUCAAAAAAGAGGGAGAAUGGCAAAAAAGUCAAAUGACGUCCCUCCCAAAGAAAUGCCUCUGCUGUUCCAUGGAACAACCCCUGAUGUUGUGGAUGCAAUAUGUCAGCAGGGAUUUGAUUGGCGCAUGUGUGGCAAGCAUGGUACCAAGUAUGGCAAAGGAAGCUACUUUGCAAGAGAUGCCAGCUACUCUCAUCGCUACACCAAGCAAGCCAGUGGUAGUUACUGCUACAUGUUUGUAGCUCGAGUUCUUGUGGGUUCUUACGUCGAGGGAGAUAAGUCCUUCACCAGGCCUCCCCCAAAAGAUCCUGCCAAGCCUCAUGGUGAUCUGUAUGACUCGUGUGUAAAUGAUAGUGCCAAACCCAGUUUGUUUGUGGUUUUUGAAAACAACCAAUCCUACCCAGAAUAUCUGAUCACAUACAAGUGAUAUCAAUAGCAUCCAUUUCCCUACCCUGCAACUAGUUGCUGAAAGAGUCUGAUCCCCACC